AUGUAUAGCUUUUUGACUAACUAACUCAUCUUUGAUUUCUAACUCAGCUAAUAAAACAACUAUUGGAAUACAUAUUAGAAUCAGCAACAAUUUUAUUAUCCUAAUGUAUAUGGAUAUCCAUAUAAUAAUCAACCUUAAAUAUACCCUUAAUAUCAAGAGUAAGUUCCUGUUUAACCAGAACAAGGUAUUUGUUCUAAAUAUAUAUUAGUUUUAUAUAAAGAAGACUUAAUUACAACAUAAGGUACCAGAAGAUGCAUUUUCGAAACUAAAGAAAUUAUGCCUAUCAUAUCAAGUGAUACACUAGAAAAAUAUAUCAUUAUGAUUGUAAAUGAAGAUGACGCUGUGAAUCAUCUAAUUACUUCGUUAAAAAACCAAAACUAAAUUCCUUUGUCAAAUAUCCUUGAGACUCUUUCCUUGAAGCAGAAAUAAUAACAUAAAAGUAGAGAAGAACUUAUAAAGUUUUGCUUAAGAAAAGCAUUGAAGUUCAUCUUUAGAAAAGUCUAAGAAGAAAAUGAUAAAUCAAGUAAUUAUUUUUAUAAUUUCUUAGAGACAAAUUUGAAAUCAGCUCAAAAAAUAUUCAUACAAGCAUUAGAACAAGAAACGAAUAAACAUAUUAUCUUACCAUUUAGAAAAAAUAGCAAGAAUAAAACUAUGAAUUCAGAUUUCUUAAAAGAAAUUUUUUCAUCUCAAAUCUUUGUUCAUUAUUAUGAGCAAUUUUUAAGUAAAAUAAAUUUUAAAUAUCAUAGAUUGUUUGGAUGAACAAAUCCAAAAAGACUCAAAAAAAAAAAUUGCUUCCUUAUGUAUAAAAAUAUAGAAUAAAAUUUCAGACGAUAAAAUUGUAUAAAAUUUUUUUUGAAUUUAGUUUUCAUUCGAUGUCAAAAGAUUGCCUUGGUCUCUUUCAAAUAUUGAGAAAGUUAAAAUAACUGCCAAAGAAAUUUUAUUAUAUUCUAAGAACUAGAUUAAUUGA